AUGAUAGUACACUUGGACCAGCCUCGCGCCAUCUACCGGAGUGCCAGCGAGGGUACCAAGUGGAAGAUCGUGGUGGACGGCUCCUCCCCCUCAAACCCCAAGGACAGCAUCACCCCCGGGGCCGCCUACGACCCCCGCAACGAGAGACCCAAGAGCCCCGUCGAGAAGCAGCCCACGUGGCCCAUCAUCCAGCCCCAUUUCUUCAGCCCCCGCCCCCGCCUCACCCACCAGGACAACAUACAGCUCCAGCAACAGCAGCAGCAGCAGCAACAACAACAACAGCAGCAACAACAGCAACAACAGCAGCAAUCACAACAGCAGCAACAACAACAACAGCAACAGCAGAGGAGCGUGGAGGGUGAGCGUCGUCGCCUGGAGCUGCCCCGCCAGGACGCUGUGGCCGAGGAGACGGAUACCCGCGAGACGGACCCGCUCAAGCCCGAAGAGGUGCAUCGGGACUUAUCGGACGCUAUAACCAGCGCCGACACCCCUCACCACCACCUUCCUGCCCCCGCCCAAGCCCCCGCACGCCCCCUUCGCCCCCGCCUCCUCAAGACGCCCAACUGCCUCGGUGUCGGUAAUCUGUGGCCUCGUCGCUUUUCCGCCUCGUCAAGGUCAUAUUCGGACGAGAAGAGCGACAUUUCGGAGGUUGGUGAAGGCGAUGAUGAGACAACCAGGACAAAGUGUUCGCGCUCCGACAGUCUGCACAGCGAGCAUGGCGGGCCCGAGAUGGUCACCCUCUCCGUCAACUCCAUGUGUUCCUUCAGUGAGAGCGGCUCCCCUGGCUCCUCCCGGCUCUCCCUGCGCUCGGAGCUCUCCCGCACGCACUCUCUCUCCCAGCCACCACCGCCUCGCUCCGGCUCCAUCACGGCAGAAAAGCGCUCAAGUUUCCGGCUCCAGAUACCUGGUCAGGAUGACAAGCGUCCUCGGCGGCCGUCCCUGCUCAGCCUUCGUUCACUCGCUCGCUCCCUCAACCCUUACUUCAGCAUCGACUACGACUAUGACUCCUUCGACUACGACUCCACUCAGGCCGCCGCGAUGCCCUACACGCCGUACCUGCCCGAGCCGGUGCCGAAGCUGUCGUUCACGCAGAAGCUGGCCUUCCCGACGCUGGUGCAGAACUCGAUUGACCGGCCGAAGCCCCGAGACCCGUACAUGGAGGCGGAGCACAACAUGAACACCUUUGCUAAGAUCAUCACCAUCGUCGUGCUGGCCCUGGUCACGGUGCUGGUGCUCGGCGUGCUCUACAAGCUGCUCCAUUAGGGACGGGGGACGCGUGAUUGUUUUUUUUAUCUGCUUCUUCCGACUUUACUUGACUAUUCCCUUGUUGCUUCUCUCUUGUUUUUCUCUUCUUUCUAUGACGUAUGUCUGUGCCUUGCGUCUAUUGGUCUAUGUUGUAUUUUUAUUUCGGUCUUUCUUCUUAUUCUUUUUUUUACUUAUCUUCCUGUUCGUCCCUUUCUGUCUCUCUUCUUUCACUCUAUCUGUUUCACUGUCUAUUCCUCUGCUUCGAUUCUUAAUAACUUGUUUCCUUUGACAACUUCCAAGCCUUCCCUCCCACCCUCCUCCUCCUCUUGUACAGCAUUUUUCCCCUUCAACCUUCCUCCCUUUGUGUCCCUUUUCCCUUCUUCCUCUCCUUCUCUCCUUUUUAUUAUCUUCCCCCUCUCCCUUCCUGCCUUGACUCCUUCCUUUUACCCCUUCCUAACCUCCCUAACAAUAGUAUUCACUUCCCUCUCUCCCUUCCCUGCCUUGAUUCCUCCUCCCCUUUCCCUAACCUCCCUAACGAUCGUAUUAUCUUCCCCGUCUCCCUUCCUGCCCUGAUUCCUUCCUUCUCUCCCUUCCUAACCUCCCUAACAAUCGUAUCUUCUUCUCCCUCUCCCUUCCUGCCUUGAUUCCUCCUCCCCUUCUCCUAAUCUCCCUAACAAUCGUAUCUUCUUCCCCCUCUCCCUUCCUGCCUUGAUUCCUCCUCACCUUUCCCUAACCUCCCUAACAAUCGUAUUCUCUUCCCCCUCUCCCUUCCCGUCUUUUAAUUCUUCCUCCCUUCCCCUUAACCUCCCUAACAAUCACCUAUAUGGUCGUGGUCUAAGUAUACAGUACCUCCCUGUUGUUAUAUACGAGACAUAUCUAUCUACAUACGCGAAAAGUAAACAAACAGAUCCAAAUCAUAUUUUUAUUCGAUCUAUUUUGCUAUGAAGCUGAUGCAGAUAAAAAAAAAAUGCCUAUAAAUUAAUCAUCGCCAUCUGUUAUCAUCAAGUGUUUGUAAAUUGGUUGAUUAAAUUAUAGUAAUGUAUGAUCCAUUUCUCUCUCUCUCUCUCUCUCUCUCUCUCUCUCUCUCUCUCUCUCUCUCUCUCUUUUCAUCCGUCUAUCUAUCAAUCUUUUUAUCUCUUUAUCUAUUUAUAUUUCUUCAUCAGUAUUUAUCUAUCUAUCCAUCUAUCUAUAACCAUCUAUCUGCCAAUUUCAUUUUUUUUUUUUUCCUCAAAGCAAAAUUGCAAUCCACAAAUCAUGUCACACUCAGCACUUCACUUCUCGUCUCGUGUUAUAUAUCUUUUUCUUUUUCUUUCCCCGCCGCCGAGUUUUCAUCAUGUCCCCGUAAUGUUGUGCACACACUCGUAAUGUUUAUAAUGUUUAACGAUGUAUAAUGUUUUAAGGAAUGUUCUUGUAUGUAUCGCUGGCGUACACGGAGACGAGCAGACGCACCUGACGUGGUUAAUUAAUGAAGGAGGUUAGGCAGGUAAUAAUGAGCUUGUACAAUCUCUCUCUCUCUCUCUCUCUCUCUCUCUCUCUCUCUCUCUCUCUCUCUCUCUCUCUCUCUCUCAUUUAUCUAUCUACCGGUCUAUCUCAUACAAGUACCUAACACAAGAAUCUAGUCAAUCUUUAUUUUCACCUUCUCUUCUUUUCCUUGCCUUCCUCAUCCUGAUUGCUGUUGCUGAACUGUGAAUGGGCUCAUAAGUGAAGUUAGCAAUUACAAAGUGGGAUCAUGGGUUUGGAGAAUGGAAAGAGGAGAAAAAGUGGAAGGAGAAGGUGCAGGAAAAGGAUGAAAAGAAGAAAAGGGACAGUGGGACAAAGUGUGGAGUGCGCGCAUGGCUCAGGUUAUCAAGCGUUGGUGUGCGGCGACAAAUAAUACUGUUAAUGCUCUCCCCUGGCCUUCCCUCGCCCAGGUGAGCGGCGCCACCCCUGUCACGUGGCCCCGCCGGCAGACUCGUGUAUAACGCACCCUGGCCAGGUUUGUAUCAUGUGUAAAUUUCUAUAGAGUAAAUACUAAUAAUAAUAACCUUUGUACAGACUAA